AAGUCACUUUCUCCAAGGUAUAGACAGCUCCAAGAGAGUCCCCAGCAGCGGCUCACCCCAAGCACUAUGCACUUUCCCUGAACUGCAAAUGCGGACAGGCAAGAUCUCUCCAUGUCGGCCAAGUCUCAGAUGAACACCAUGGAUCAGCCCCAACCAGAAAGGCAAAGUUACCCCCUGCAGCCAGUCGGACCUGACAAUGCCAGUGUGAGUACGGGUUCGGAUGCUAUGGCACCAAGUGCUGGAUCCAACUGCACCAUCAGUGUCGAAGGGAUAUGCUAUACCGUCAGUGAGCGCAUCGGUCCCUGGUGGGACAUCCAGUCAUAUUACAAAAAAUGGACCAGGCAAAUCCUGAAAGAUGUUUCCUUCUUCCUAGAGAGUGGGCAAAUCAUGGCAAUUCUAGGGAACUCCGGAUCUGGGAAAACAACGCUACUAGAUGCAAUGUCUGGAAGAAUCGGCCAUAAAGGAACAUUGCUGGGAGAAGUCUAUGUCAAUGGGUCCCAGCUAAAAAAAGAGCAAUUUCAAAACUGCUUCUCUUAUGUCCUACAGCAUGACACCCUGCUGAGCUACCUCACGGUGCGGGAGACCCUGACAUACACUGCCCUGCUGGCGCUACAGAAGCACUCUAAACAAGCAAUAAAGGAAAAGGUACAGUCAGUCAUGACAGAGCUGAGCCUCAUGCAGGUUGCAAACUCGGUAAUUGGGGGUCGUAUCUUUAAUGGCAUUUCCAGUGGUGAAAGACGGCGUGUUUCUAUAGCGGCACAACUCAUUCAGGAUCCCAAGAUCAUUUUACUUGACGAGCCAACGACUGGUUUGGAUUCAAUGACUGCCAAUCAAAUUGUCCUGCUUCUUUCUGAACUUGCACGCAAAGACAGGAUAGUCAUUAUCUCUAUUCACCAGCCCCGCUCAGAACUUUUCAGAGUUUUUGAUAAAAUUGCCAUCAUGAGCCUGGGAGAACUGAUUUUCUGCGGUAACCCGGAUGAAAUGAUCUCGUUUUUUGACGGUUGUGGCUAUGAGUGCCCUCAACACUCCAACCCGUUUGAUUUCUAUGUUGACCUUACCUCAGUGGAUACACGCAGUAAGGAGCGCGAACUGGAGACCUACAGCAGAUCUCAGGCGAUCGCAUCUGCGUACAAAAACUCAGAUUUUUAUCAGAACGCCCUUGAAAAGAUCAAAACGGCAAAAAGAAAUAGAAAAGAGAAACUCAUACCGUUUAAAAGGAAAGAAGCACCAAGUGAGCUCUCUAAAGUAUACGUGCUGUUGAGGAGAACGUUUCGAAAUUUGUCUCGGGACAAAAUCGGCAUAGUCAUGCGCCUCUCCCAAAACUUGAUAUUUGGCCUGUUUAUUGCAUUCUUCCUCAUUCACCUAAGCAACGACAUACUGAAAGGGGCAGUGCAGGAUCGUCUUGGCUUCAUUUACCAGUGCCUUGGAGCUCCGCCCUACACGGGCUUACUAAAUGCCGUUGCUUUAUUCCCUACUCUGCGUGCAAUCGGUGACCAGGAAGGCAAGGAUGGUUUAUACCAGAAGUGGCAGAUGCUCCUAGCCUAUAUAAUACACAUUGUACCCUUCAGCAUCCUCAGUGUGGUGAUAUUUAGUGGCUUCAUUUACUGGGUUAUAGGGCUUUAUCCUGAUAUCCUGCGUUUCGGAAUUUUCUUCGCUGUGAUUCUGGUUCCCCAUUUGAUGGGUGAAUUGCUGACUCUCGCGGUUCUGGGAAUAGUGAACAACCCAAACAUAGUGAAUGCUGGUGUGAGCUUGCUAAACAUUGCAGGAAUCCUUAUUGGAUCUGGAAUCCUAAGGAGUUUGCAAGAAAUGCCUCAAGUGUUCCAGUUACUAAGUUACAUUACGUACCAGAAAUACGCUUCUGAAUUACUAGUCAUCAACGAGUUUACUGAUCUGAAUUUUACCUGUGGCGGAGCCAACGCUUCUGUGGGAGUGAACCCGGAGUGCCCAUUUACGCAGGGCAAUGAGUUCAUUGAGCAGACCUUCCCUGGUGCCGCCUCAAGGAUCACCUUCGACUUUCUAAUGCUUUACGCCUUUCUUCCGGCCAUGAUAAUCGGCUGUAUAAUAAGCUUUAAGAUUCGAGACGUUUUGAUCCGCAGAUAGAGAAGCUAUGUACAUUACUAUUGCGUAACGUUGAACGUUAACCCGGGGGCAAACGUAUUAAACUUCGAACUGAGUAAUCCA